GUUCGUGACGUUUUCGCUGUUUGCGCUCCGGAAAACAUGAGCAGCGCUUCCUCUGUGUUUUUGUGCGUUUUUCUGUGAAAUACCACAAUUUUCUUGUACAUUUUUCUAGUGAAAAGCCCACAAUGGCCCAUCCUUCGGUCGAUCUGGUGGAAGAGGACGCUGCGGAUCUGCAAUUUCCCAAAGGUAAUGUUUUCCCGGAAUCCCUGUCCUUGACCACUUCUUCCUCCGUUCAGACGCUGUGCAAUUACUGCUGCGUGAGUCUCUCUGAGCCAUUUAUUGAGUGUGUCGAUUGUCGUGAGAUGUUUUGCCUCUCGUGCUUCUCCAGCGGCGUUGAGACGCAAUGUCACAGGAAUUUUCACUCCUACACUUUCCGGCGGGAUGAUUUUCCCAUCUUCCGCGAGUCCUCGUGGACGGGAAGAGAGGAAAAAUUGCUCCUCGAUACAAUAAUGAAGUGUGGAUUUGGUAAUUGGAGUGAUGCAAGCAAAUUUCUGGACAAAUACUCGAGCAUUGAUUGUCGAAAUCACUAUUUUAACUUCUAUGCCAAGGGAUUUGUGGGCAAAAUGAGUGGAAUUGACGUGGAUCCGUAUGAGAGAAGGCAUUGUCCCUAUUGGGCCAGGAGGGAGAGUGCAAAAUUGGUGAGAUUCCUGCCAGAAGAGUUGCACACAAAAACCCUCGCCGGCUAUUGUGCGACGCGAGGAGAAUUCGCCGUUCCCUAUGAUCACACGGCGGAAAGAAGCCUGAAUCUGAUGGACACAGAACCGUGGACGAAUGACGAGGACACAAAGUCUGUCGAAGAGCUCAAUUGCGGCGUCUUUCGCGCAUUCAACAAUCGCUUGAGGGAACGUCAUCGAAGAUAUCGGAUUAUUAGGGAUCACGGACUGCUGGACUUUGAAUCUUCGGCAUCUCAGAUCAGAGACAUUGAGGAAAUCUUGUUUGCCAGAAAGUUUUCCAUUGAAGAAGCGACGAAUUCAAUCAGAUUCGGUGUCUUUAUGCAAUUGCUGUCGGCUGAGUCAUUUGAUCUGCUCGUGGCGGGUUUGAAGCACGCUCAAAACACCAAAAUGUACCUCCAUAGGCUGCACGAGUUGCGUCAUCUCGGCAUUACUUCUUUGCACGGUGGAAAACUCUACCACAAACUUCUGGCGGCGCGCGAAAAGCGGCGAAAGUCCGAAAAGACACACAAAGAGACGCUGGACAAGCUCAUGUUCGCCCCUGGGCGAGACAGGAAGUACAAUCCCAUGCCAAUGAACAUAAUCGGUCUGUCUGGCUAUGAGAAGCUCUCAGAGGAGGAGAGAGAGUUUUGCAGCAAUCUCAGACUCCAGCCGGAUGUCUUUUUCACACACAGAGAGACUCUCGUGAGCGCCAAUGCUGUGCUUGGAUAUUUGCCACUGUCCGAAGCGAGAAAACUCCUCAAGAUUGACGUGAAUAAGACGAGGAAACUCUAUGAUUAUCUCGUGACAAAGGGUCUCAUCGCGAAGCCACAGACAUAAUCAAAGAGAAAAAUAGUUUGAGAAUGCCGAAACACUGCUGAUCAGCGAGGUGCACAUGCUGUUGGACCAUCGAAAGAAGCUCAACGAGUCGGCGGACGAAGAGCAGGAGUUCUCAGA